AAUUUCAGGAACAAUGGCAAUGAGAACAAAAACAUUGGCGACACGCACGAAUCAUGCGUUACGCUUAUCAAAAACCGGGGCUGCGGUGAAAACGAUGCUAUCACGUAUCAAUUUAGCUGCGCGUGGAAUCAAUUGUAAAACAGAGUAUGGGAGGCAUAUGCAUGAUUUAUCGAGACGUAUUUUCACUGAACCACAACGAACAACCGCAUCCAAAAACCUCAAAGUUGUAAGGAUUAUGUCGGAAGAGCCGUUGGAGCAACAGUCAUUCAAAACAAUUGAUUAUUAUCCUAAUCAACCAAUGUUCCACUAUCUGACAAAAAUGUUGCGAUUCCAUGGUCUUUAUUUUGAUGAACAUGUUGAAUGGAGAGAAGUGCAGAAUCGACUUAAGUUAGCACGCGGGAAAAUGCUUUAUCCACCAAUUGGACAGGGUAAAAGGGCCCAACUCAGGAGCGAGAAGAAAUAAAUAUGAUGAAGACCAAGAAAAUUUAGAUUCACGAUCGUGUGAUUUCAAAUACACCGCAUCAGUGCACCUACUAUUCAUAUAAAGGCAAUGAAGCUGAGUGCAUAAAAACUGAAAAUUUAUUUAAAUUUUAGGAUCACUUCAAACCACUAUGCUGACAUUUCUUCAGUUUUCUACACUUUAGGAACUAUACAUGUCAAGGAAAAACUUUUGUCUUUUAGUGCAUGUCGUAAUAGUAAGUGAUUUCUUAGUCUCUAUUAUUAUGUUUUUUUUUCGGAAAAUGCAUCUGUGUUUACCAAUUCAGUUUUAUUUGAUAAUUUUGUCGUGCCACUGCAUUCGCAUUAUAAAUAAAUCAAAAAAGGGAAAUAGGCAGUAGGAAAUGAAAGACGGCGAAAUAGCAGUAGGAAAUGAAAAACGGCGA